AAUGAAGUGGACAACAUCUAAUUUAAAAAGCCCCAAUUACACAGAAAAUCAUGAAAUUUAUGUGGGCACCCAAACGGGAACCUUUAAAAAAUUAUUGCCUGCCUAUGAAGACAAUCCAUUCAAGCAAUCCAACCUGCAAGAUCUCAAUGAAUUGGAUAAAGAUUCUCGCAUAACAUCGUUGAGCUUUGCCAAUUCGAAUAAAUCUGAAAUACUUAUUGGUCGUGGCAAGUCCACUGCCCAGGUACAUUCGGUUCGUACUGGCCACACACAAUACACCAUAGACUUUGAGGAGUCACCCAUUGUUGGUUUGGCUCGUUAUGAUAAUUGUGUUAUUGCUGGCUUUGGUAAUGGCCACAUACGUUCAUUGGCCCUUAAAGAUGAUGGUGAUAUUGAUGAGGAACAACCCAAAUUGCUAUUGGAUAAAAUCGGUGAUGAUAUGUCACGUUUAAGGCAAUGUCCCAGUGAUCGUAAUAUUGUUGCUGUGGGUGGCAAGGGCAGACAAAACAACUUAAAAGUGUUUGAUAUGUCUGCCGAGGGAAAACAAUUGUUUACCUCCAAAAAUUUACCCAAUGAUCAUUUACAACUUGAGGUGCCGGUAUGGGAUUGUGAUGUGGGUUUCUUUGAUUCUCCACAUACCUUGGCAACAUGUUCCCGGUAUGGUUAUGUGCGUGUCUAUGAUACAAGAAAACAAAGGCGUCCGGUUCAGUGUUAUGCCACCGAAGAUCAAAUGAGUUUUACCACUUUGGCGGCAAAUGGUAAUUACAUUUACACCGGUACCACAAUGGGGGCAUUGAAGGCCUUUGACACAAGACGCAUGAAAACCUUUGUCCACACCUAUAAAGGUUUCACGGGUGGCAUUAGUGACUUGUAUUUGGAUGUUUCCGGCAAACAUUUGGUCUCUGCCUGUUUGGAUCGUUAUGUCCGUGUACAUCAUGUCGAUUCCUGUGUAAUGUUAUAUCAAUGCUAUGUCAAGUCAAAAGCUACCCGAGUCCUCUUACGAGAAUCUAUGGAAAAUCCAAAUGCCACAGAAGAUGGCGAAGAAUUGGAAGAUGAGGAACAAAAUAAAUCGAAAAAUAAGAAGAAAACAAAAAAGAAUGCCGGUGAUGUGUCUGAGGAUGAAGAAUAUGAAAAUAUGUUUGAUAAUAUGCAGACAAUAUGUGACAAUGAAAAUGAAGACCAAGAGGAGGAUGAUGACGCAGAGAAUACCAGUGAGGCUGAAGAAAAUGAAAGUGAUGAAGAACCUGAACCUGUGAAAGAAGUGUCUAAGGCGGGUUCAAAGAGAAAAGCCAAGGGAAGUGCGCUAAAAAAUAAAAAGAAGAAGAAUUGA